AUGGACACCUCAACAGCACUCUCUACAGCCAAAGUUCUCGGCCCAACCAUCUCACUCGCAACAGCAGGAGCAAUUCUAUCAAUCUCCGCUUUCUCCACACCCCUGCUCUCAAAUGAUGCUCGCUCCCAAUCCAAGGACAAGCCUUCGCCUAGCUCAACACUCCCAGCAAUCCGCUUCAUCUUCUCGCGAGGCAGCCACAUUAUCCCAGAAUCUGCUGCUGUGGCAGCUGCUAACUUUGGAUUUUUGGCUUAUCAUGCACCUAGCACUGUCGUCAAUGUCCUGGGCAUGGAAAUUGGAAGCAGAGCUGGCUUUAUCGCGGCGGGAGUGCUGAGUAUGGCUAUUGGACCUAUUACUCAAAUCAUGUUGCCGAUCUGCAACAAUCCUCUGAGAGAGAUGGGGGAGAAGGAGAGACAAGGCAGGGGAAAUGAGAUUCGUGAAGAUGAGCUGAAGGAUAUGGUGCGCAAAUUUGAGUAUCUGAAUUAUGUCAGAGGUGCGGUGAUUCUGGCUGGUGGUAUGCUUGGAUUGGCUGUGGCUACUGCUUGA